GGGCAGACACUGGAGCCAUUUAUUGAAGGGGGAGGAUGGUGUGUGAGAUCAGGUUUGGGGUUUCAUGGGGACUUUCUUGGCCCCAGGGUGUCUAGGUGGGACCCAAGUCCCAAUUUGGGGGGCAGAUUCAGAGCUUUGGCAGGCAGGGUGGCCACAGGUCUCACCUGCUCUUGGUUUCAGGCCUCUGCAAAGCCAGUCCUGCUUCAUCAGCCAAAGGAAAGGAAGCCGACGGCAGAGCUGGAUGGGGCAUCCAUGGAGGAAGCUGCUUCCUCCUGCCCCCAAAAAUCCCCUCUUGAGGAGACCUGCCAGAAACUCUGGAAGAACCUCAAGAUGCUCCCCCAGACAGGCAAGAAGGUCCAGCAGCAGCUGAAAUCCCACCUGGUGGCUGUGCACUCCUCAUCGCUCCAGGACACCAGGCCAGCGGGGGUGACCCACGGCUCAGGAGCUGGGGCAGGUGACUCAGCCUGGAAAGAUAACUUCUACAUGGACCCCUUUGUGGCCACAUCCUUCCAAAGCCCCUCACAGCCCCAGGCUUCAAGAAACAAAGAUGACCCCUCAAGGAAGGCCUUGAGGUCGGCCAGCUGGAACGAGGUGACCCCAAGGGUCAGGGGUUGGCGCCGGGCAAUAGUGAGAGCCCUGUCCUCACAGGCGUCCAAACCAGAGCCAAGAGACUUGAAAGAACCACGGGAUGACUGGCUCCCCGAGGAGUACCACACACCACCACCCUUCGCCCCUGGUUACUGCUAGGGGAGAGAUUCACCCUGGUUCUGGGACCCUCGCUGCGGGGGGCUGCUGACGCCCGACCUCUUGCUCUCGGCCACUACCCACUAGCCAUCAGGAUCCUGAGAACUAUAAUAAAGACAUUGCCUGGGUCUGGUCCUGCA